AUGCUUCAUUUCCUUGCCUUGGUUCUUUCAGUCACUGGUGCAGUGUUCAUCUCGCAGCCGCAAUUCUUGUUCGGCACCGAGGGAUCAAAGCAGUCCCCUGUUGGCUACUGCCUGGCGAUGCUGUCAGGAUUCUUUCAAGCGUGCUGUUACGUGUGUGCCCGCAAGUCUGCCCAUAUCCCGGUCUUCCUUCUCACAGUGGCGACACUUCUGUUGGCAGUGCCGAUGUGCUUCGUUCCACCGCUUCUUGGAAUUGGCGAAACUAGGUUUGAGCCCGUCGUCGAAGCACCCUGGCAGGCUCUGGGGCUUCUUUCUCUGCUGGUAGUCCUGUCUUCACUGUCCAUCUUCCUGCCGGCAGCUGGAUCAACAAGAUGCCCAGCAGCAGCCAGUGCGACGGUGUUCACAUCUGCAAGUAUGAUCUCGGGCUAUUUGGCGCAGACCGCCGUUUUUGACGAUGCUCCCAAGCUGCUCGGAGCCGCAUGCAUGCUGCUCAGCGUGGUGAUGAUGGCGGUCACUUGCCAAGCCGAGGACAAGACAGCAGAGCAACCGGCGACUUCCUGCAAAGACCCCGCACAAGAGCCGACAGCCAAUGCAUCCACAGACGACGAGACACAGAGCCUUGGAUCUUUCGUCGCCUCGGAGAUGUCCUUCACAUCCAGCUCUAGCCGCCUCCGACAGCGCAGCAACACCUUCAGCUCCAAGCCCCUGCCGCAGCGGCUGGGUGCCUGCCUGCCCAUGGUGGCCUAA